AUGGUGAAACUCGAGAAUUACAGCGGUCUUACCAAGAAGCAAGAAGAUUUACUCAAAACCCACUAUUGCUUUGACAGCUUUGGGCUGAUAAAUCUCAAUUUAGUUCAAAAUGACUAUACCUUCCACACUAGAGCUUCAGCAAAACAUCCAAAUGCACUUGCUCCAAUUCUUGCAUCAACUUGGCUUCAGCUUCGUAAAAACAAUAUGUCAUUGAAAUCUAAACUCCGCACAGAUGGUUUAUCCCACUUUAUCUAUGAAACGACGCCUAAAUCAAUUAUUGAAAAUACCAAGCUUAAAGCUGAAUGGAAAACUUCCCAAGUAAAAGGGGUUCAAAAUACAGAGCCAAGUGCUACCAUUGAGUUUUCAAACCCAAAUGCCAAAGCCAAAUUGACAUUUGUUGAAAAUCCUCUCCAAUUAAAAGGAAAUCUGACUCUAGGUAAGCCUCAAUAUGGUAUUGGUUUUGAUGGGAAAUUUGAUCUUGUCUCCCAAAAGUUGACAGGGUAUAAUUUAUAAGUAAAAUAUGGCGUUGUUCGAAUUUUAUGAUCUCUCCAUUGAAAAUUCUUUUCUUGCGUGCUUUAAUUAUGUGAUUUGGUUUCCGCUGGUGAAAUUAUCCCAACUAUGUCAGGGAAAUAAGAACCUAUGGUUUUUUCUAAGAUUCCUGACCUAAGGGAUCGAGUUUUCUAGAAGAACGCUAUCUACCUCAGGCAGUGAGACGGGGACUUUAAGGGUGCCUGACGGAUCCAAGUAGGUAGUCUGCUCAAAACAGAAUCGUCGAAGCCCAAACUUAAGACUAGCGUCUGGUCAUGAAACAAAGUCAAGGUGGCCACACUUUGGAUGGCCGAGGAAGAUGGCACGAAAUGCUCCAGUGCGGUGCUGAAGGCAACUGUAUUAGCAAGCAACCUGGCAGUGGGCUUUAAACAAAGAAUAAAUUUAAUUGUAAUUGUCAGGAUAUAAUUUAGCCUUAUGGUUUUUCAGAAAACACUCAAAAAUAGUCUUAAAGCACAUAGGGACAAAUGCUGAAGAGCUUGCUCUUGGAAACAUUGAGUUUUCUUUCUAUCAAAAGUUGAGUCCUUUGGCUCAUUUUGGAUCAAAAAUUAUUACCAAAGCAAGAGGAGGAGAAACAAGUAUUGAGUUUGGAGGAGACUAUAAAUACAGUGACGAUACUUUGCUGAAAGCUAAGUUGAACACUGAAGGAAAAUUAGGGCUGGCAUUGUCCAAACAAUUGAGUAAAUCUUUAAGAUUCAGCUUAGGGUCUGAAAUUGAUACAAAAGAAAUAGCUGCAAAUCGCUUCCACGAUUAUAAGCUAGGGUUUCGCUUGGAUUUUUAUCAUUAG